AUGGCGUCGACAUCGUUGUGGGGAAGGCUCGUCGACAUCGGAUAUCUCAUUCUCCUGAAGGAAGAGUGGAGGUGGGAGAUCUUACGUCGCACAGGGACGGCCCUCCUACACGUCAAAGCGACCCGGGGCGGCCACGGUGCUACUUUUUCCCGGCUCCUCGGCGACAUCCUCGACGCCUUUUGGGAGCGUAUCGAAAUAUUAGAGGUUUCUGCAUACUUCCGUUCGACUUACGAAGGCGAUUUAUGGGACCCUUUAGCGCGUCCGUCGGAAGUGUUGAAGAUCUUUCGAGUGUCUCUGGGUGACCUAGAGCACCCGCUUCAAGCAGAAAAAACAUUAUUCGGCAAUGACGCGCCAAACUUGCGCGAAUUGCAGUUGAUUGGGACCGCUUACUUGCGCACAAAUAUCGACUUAUCCUCAUCGUGGUUCAGCCAACUUUACCACCUCGACGUCUCCGGCUCGAUUUUCAUGCCUCGUCCGACUCUUUUGGAAUGGUUGGAGAGGCUCGGCGGUAUGCCCCAACUGAAAACUCUCAGUCUGUCCUCCAUAUUCCAACCCGUUAGUGAGGAUCCGAUGCCGCUCCCGGUCAUUCAACUACCGAAUCUCACCGACCUUCAAGUAAAGCACGACAUCUACUCUUCCGCGCUGCUUUUGCAUCACAUUGAGACCCCUCCGGGAUGCAGGUUGCGUGUCAUCACGUCCGAGAUCGUCACCUCAAUAUCAUAUCCAGCCCGAAGCCGCUUCAUUGGCGAGGUGCUCUCGAAGUACAGCAAGCGCUGGUUCUCGGCGAACACCAAAUUGACGAACCUCACUCUGGAUAUCAAGCCUCACAGCUUCAGCGUGUCGCAGUCGGAACAGAAUUCUUCUGGCUCUCGGGGUCCAGGAGGCCAAGCCAGAACAAAAUUCGAAGUCUGCAUAGACGUUGACUACAGUGUUGCGUUCACCGAGCUUCUUCCAUACGUCAACGAACUCUUCCAGUGCGUCUUCAGCCACAUCACAAUGGUCGCCAUGCAUCUGCAUCUCUCCCCUGAAACUGGAUACACAGAUAGUUCUCACCUUCGCAAUUUGAUAGCCAAUUUCGUCCAUGCCUUGCCGGAGGUUCGAGUGCUCAACACCACAAUGCAAGCCGUUGCCCACCUCACGAAACUUCCACGAGGCGCCGGGAUCCCACCUCCGUUCCCUAACCUUCAAGUCCUGAAAUUGUAUGACGCCGCUGUCUUUGGCACAGCUGGGAGAAUUGAUCAUGGACGUGGAAUAGGCGAGACGUUCUUUCGACUACGCCAGGAAGAGAAGUGUCCCAUUCAGGUUUUAGAUCUUACAUCGUGCAGCACGUUGCAUGACAUGAGCUACCUGGAAAGGGCGGAGGGGAUGAAAGUAUCCUGGACCGACGACGAGGGCAAUCGGCGAGAGGAAGUCUGCGGCUACGGAGGAAGUCUGCGGCUACGGAAGAGUCGCCGAAGGACUCAGUCAUUGAAGUCGGAAUUUAGGUGCGAGGAGAUGGGGGUAGGCGACGAGAAGUGA